CGUGCCAGCAGCACCUCUGGCUCGCAGAGCAGAGCCUGCAGCAGCUCCACCAUGCCGCUGGUAACCAGGAACAUCGAGCCAAGGCACCUGUGCCGUCAGACGCUGCCCAGCGUUCCGAGCGAGCUGGAAUGCAUGACCAACAUCACCCUGGCAAAUGUCAUCCGACAGCUGGGCAGCCUGAGUAAAUUUGCAGAGGACAUCUUUGGAGGGUUGUUCACUCAGGCCAGCACCUUUGCCUCCCGGGUCAGCGUCCUGGUCGAGAGAGUUGACCGCCUGCAAGUCAAAGUCACUCAGCUGGAUCCCAAAGAGGAGGAAGUCUCCCUGCAAGGCAUUAACACCAGGAAGGCCUUCAAAAGCUCCACUACUCAGGACCAGAAGCUCUUUGACAGAGAUUCUCUCCCCAUGCCUGUCCUUGAAACCUACAGGUCAUGCAAUACUCCUCCACCCCUCAACAUUCUCUCCCCUUACAGGGAUGACGGCAAAGAGGCUCUUAAAUUCUACACAAAUCCUUCAUAUUUCUUUGACCUUUGGAAAGAGAAAAUGCUGCAGGACACCAAGGACAUUAUGAAAGAGAAGCGGAAGCACAGGAAAGAGAAGAAGGAAAAUCCCAACCGGGGAAACGUCAACCCACGGAAGAUCAAAACCCGGAAGGAAGAAUGGGAGAAGCUGAAGAUGGGCAAGAGUUUUGUGGAGUCCAAGGACAAGCAUGGCCCUGCUGGGUACCCUUCUGCCAUGGUCUAUCAGAACGGCAGCAUCGGCUCCACCGAGAGCAUGGACGGGAGCUGCUAUCUGCCGCCGCCGCAGGCUGACUCCAUCGUGCCCCCCCCUCCCCCCUUCCCGGAUGCCAGCCUGCCGCCGCCCCCGCUGGAGCUGAGCUAUCCUCUAGACACCCAGAGGGGCUCUGGUGCUGGAGGCACCAAACGGUCCAGCCUGGUCAGCCCCAGCCACCCGCCGCCGGCGCCUCCCAUCGGCUCGCCCUCCGCAGCCAGGCCUGGCCUUGCUCCGCCGCCGGCACCGCCUCCACCGCCCCCGCUGAUGGGGAGCAUUCCCCCUCCGCCACCUCCCGUGGGCUUCCCGUCCCCAGGAACCCCACCGCCCCCCUCCCCCCCUUCUUUCCCUCCGCACCCCGAGUUUGCUGCCCCUCCACCGCCCCCUCCAGCAGCCGAGUACAGCACCGUGCUGCCGCCUCCGCUGCCGCAGCUGCCCGGGGGCAGUGUGCCCCCUCCCCCGCCACCACCACCUCCUCCUGGGCCACCACCUCUGUCUUCUGGUGGCCUGGAUGGUGUCCCACCCCCUCCUCCACCCUCGGACACCUCUGCCUCCAAGCUCAAGUCAUCCCUGCCUGCGGUUAGUGAUGCCAGGAGUGAUCUGCUCUCAGCUAUCCGGCAAGGCUUCCAGCUGCGCAAGGUGGAGGAGCAGAGGGAGCAGGAGAAGAGGGACGUUGUGGGCAACGACGUGGCCACCAUCCUGUCGCGCCGCAUCGCGGUGGAGUACAGCGACUCGGAGGACGACUCCUCGGAGUUCGACGAGGACGAGUGGUCGGAUUAGCCACGCCCCCACCCCUGCUCCCCCUCCUCUCCUGGGCUAGCACCUUCCUAAAGAAUCAGGUGGCCAAACCUUCCACCGCCUCCUUUUCCCCCAUAACCAAAGAUGUGCCAAGGGGGUUCAGACACCAGCAGCAGAUCUGCCCUCUCCCCCCGCCCUGGCUUGGGCAGGGCUCUGGGCUCUGCUCCCGCACACUGAGGGGGCGCUGUCGGCUGUGGCCGGAGGGGCUGUGGUGGUUGUUAUGUAAAAGAGAGCUCCAGAUCCUCAGUGCCAGCAGGCAGAGCAGGCAGAGCACACGGGAGCCCUGCGCCCCGAGGGGGCUGAGGUGGAUGGUGCAAGCCUUGCGGGUGAAGGACACCUCCAUCUCCUUGUGCCCGCAGGCAGCUGACCUGGUGGCCCUUCCCUCCCACUGCACACUGGUGGUGCUGCAAGAAAAUGGGUUUCAAAUGUUACUUCUCUGCUGCAUCCCACUGUCAGACCAUCAGGUUUUGGCAGCAGGGCACAGAUCUUUCCCCUUAGUAUUAUUUGCAGACCACCCUGCCUGGGGUGCCUUGGGUGCAGUGUGAGGAGGGGCUGAGUUUGCCUUAACAAAGCUGCCUUUGCCUUGCCCAGAGCCUCUCCCUGGGCUGCCUCACAGAAGGAGACUUGCACAAAGGGGGUGCAAAAGUCAGGGCACAGCAACUGCUUCCCACUGUGGGAAGAGCAGAGCCAUGACCCCACUGAGCUCCAUCUGCAUGGUCAGCACAGGCAGUGCUGGAGUGCUGCUGUGCUGCCUCCUGCUUGCUGAGAGAGUGCUCAGGGCAGGGCAAGACACAAGUGUCUAGUGCAGGGAGGUGGUGGGGCGGGCUUCUCUGAACCCCAGGCUCGUGGGGCUUCUCUGGCCUGCCCAGGGCCAUGCUGCAGUUUGAAGAGGUGCUUUGUGCAGUGAGGUGACCAUAGCCCUUCACAGGGCCUUGAGGAGCUUUGCUUCCUCCCCCCUUCUUCCUGAGGAGGGAGGGGAGUUCAUGUGCCUAAGAACAUCUCAGGUGUGAGCCAAGUUGCCCAUGGGUUACAUCAGCCCUACCCUACCUUGUUUCUCAUCCUUUGGUCACUGUCAUUCAUCGGUUGACUUGCAGCAGACAUUUCCUCUCCUCACUCACCCUGAGUGUUCCUGGGCUGCUCACUGCAGCUCCACUGUAGGCAUGGGGAGCAGGUGUGGGCCUUGAACUGGCUGACCUGGGCUUUGCUGCUGCCUUCUGUUACCUUACAUAGCCUAUAACCACCUCUGAGCAGCUACAAGCAAACACCCUCAUGCUCCGGGUGUGUGUUAGUACUUGAGCAUGAGUCUCAGUCAGGGUCAUGCCAGAAAGUGACUCCAAAGGCCUUAGGAGACCCUGGGCCCAGUGGCUGUGGGGUGGGAGCAGCUGCACGUCCUGUUACACCCACCCCUGCCACCGCUCCUUCUCUGCCUUUCCCGUUGUGAGCUAUUGUGCCAGCCUGUGCCUGUUCCCUCUCCUCUUCCUUGCCUUGUUUAAUGAUGUUGCUGAUACCUGGAAUGCCAGGCCCAGCCCCAGGCUGCCAGCUCGCUGAAAACCCUUCUUGGGCUUUGAUUGAUGGCUCCAGUGUGUGCCAUGGGGCUCUCACGGGUUCCUCUGCCUGCCUGCACAUUCUUAUCUGGGCAGAGCUGAUGAUGGCUGGAGGAUGAUGAUGGCUGGAGGAUGGGCUUUGCUGGGGUGCAGAUCGAGCUGAGAUCCAGGGAGCCCCUGAGAGAUCUACUGGGCUGCCACACUACCAGACUUUGUCUACAGAUCAGCUGGAUGCAAAGGGCAUAGUCAUGGAAGCAUCCCAGCGGGACAGGAACAUCUGAGCCGUGCCAGUCCCAGGCUCUGGAAGAGGGAAGAACCCCCUCGAGUGCCAGUCAGCCAUGGUGCAGUGGAGGGGCUUGGAAAUGCAAACUGAUCACUGCUGCAAGCUGGGGAAGGGGGGGCUGGAGGAGAAUCACUGCUGCUUGUUUUGCUGCUCUUCCUCUGAGCAUCAUCCUCUGGCUUCCGCGGGAGGUACCUGGGGAAAUGGAGCUGUGGGCUAAGCUGUGCUGACAGCGCAGGGCCGGGAGCUCGCCAGUGCCAAACCCGGGCUCGUUUUAAAUUGCCUUAACUAGACUUGGCCCCUGUUUGGGCAGGGGAGCUGGAGUGUUGCUGUCGUGUGAAAGGCAGCCAAGUGCCAUAUUCGCUGCUCCCCAGAGGAGCUGCCAGGCAGGGCAGUGCCUCGGGCGGCAGGGCCGCGCUUACCCCACGCUCUUGCCUGUUGCACAAGGGUGCUGCGUGGGCGAGCUGGCAUGGCCACGGGUGGGGUCGGCUUCUCGGGCUGCCUCACCAGCUUCUGAGGGCCUCCUGGCAGCGGGAGGGAAGCUGCUUUGUCCGUGCAAGCCUGCUGUAACCAGCUUCUGCAUCCAAACUCCCAUCCCGAGGGGGGAGUUGCAGCUGCUCGAUCAGGACUGGGACAGGUAGGGAAGGUUGGGUGGAGCUUUGCUGUGGUCUGAGCCUAGCCUGGAGAUUUCCCGAGAUACAGCUGGGCUCAAGCUGCCCUCCCCGAGCAGCCUUGCACAAUCAGGGAGUUCUGGGCCACCAAGUAAGCCCAGCAGGGAGGAGGAGAAGUGCCAAAGACAACCUUCGCAAGGCAGAGCAGCUGCGCUGUAGCUGCAGAGCUGCUGCCCCGCGGCGCCCCUGCGCUGGGCUCCCUCUGCCAUCUUUGUCAUCUCCUGUUAGCUUCCUCAGCCUCCCUCACGGCUCUGCAGGCAGCCGAAACAGCCAGCCCCGGGAGGAGCUCCCCCUUUCUAUGCCACCCCCACCCAGGUCCCCGUGGAAGCAGCCGUUUCGCCCCUCCCGGAGGCGCCGCAGGCCGGGGCAAGUCUCCGCUCCCGUUCAACACCGUCCCGGUGUGCUCCCUGCCGCUCUCGGCUGCUGCGCUGCCCCCUCCUACGCCUUGCUCGCAGGGAGAAGCCUGGUCCCGAUCCCCGGGCUCAGCCUGGAGCCUUCAUCCGCAGCCGGUGACCUUCACUGCGCUCUCCUGUCCUUAUCAGCCCCAGAGCAGCAGAACAGACCGAGGGAAGGGCUGCCGGAGGUCCCAGCUGGCUGGAGCUCAGCUGAGCAGUGUGUCAGGGACAGGACCUGGCACCGCUUGGGGCUUUCCAAUCCAUGAACUUCUUUAAGGUGCCUCUUUUGGGAGGAGCUGCCCUUGAGGGCUUGCAGUCGGGAGGAGCAGGCUGGCAGGGCCGGGCGUGGGGCAGCUGCGGCUGCUCCGGGGCAGGUCUCCCUGCUAUUGGGUUUUUGGGGGGUGGGGGAAGGUUUUUUUCUUCCUUUUGAAACAAAGCCUUGAAGUGGGAAGUGGAUCUGAUUGUUUUUAUUCCUGUAUUAACGUUCGUUUGAAUUCAUUUCAGAAACUAACCCCUUUUCCUUCCUGCCUGUAGAGCACCCGAGCCUUAGUCGAGCUCCGACCCUCCUAAGUGCCUUAUUCCCCUCCACCACACCAAAAUAUUUAUAAGAGUAGUUGUUCCACUCAGAUCUUAGGGGUUCUCUGCUGAGCAGAAGGUGUGGUGGGAGGAGAGAUGCGAAAUGCCCUCCAGGGACCCCACCGGGCCGGGGGUCGGACAGGUGAUGUUGGGUGGAGACUCUUGGAGUGGGGGUAAGUUCCCCCAGACCAAAGGAGUUUCAGCUCUGAAACUCUACUUGGGGGAAAAAAAAAACAAACCCAACCCCAACCAACCGAGCUCCUGAGCAGAGCACUGUAGAGCUUGGUUCCCGCAGCCCUGCAGAACAGAACUGGGCAGGCUCUGCUGCCGAGGGUGAAGCUGCUGCGGGGGGUAGCGGAGCCUGGGCCGUGCCCGGGCAGCGCCUGCCGGUGCCGUUGCCUGCUGGUUACUGUCCAAGCCAGGGUACGCUGCUGCUGUUCUGUGUUCGGCUCAGCUCAGUAGGCCCUGGAGGAAGAUCCCCAAUUGCAAGAAACAUUUUUUGUAGUGUACAUGUGAAAAAAACCCAAACCCCAAACCAGAAUGACCUUUUGGGAUCCUUUUUAAAACUCGAUAAAACCUUUCUAGCA